AUGAGGCUCAUACUGCUUCUGCUCUUCUUAGCUGUGGCGACCCACGCAGGUUUGCUGGAUCUUGGCAAGUUCAAAGAAUUCUUCAAAGGAGGAAAUCUCGGCGAAAAAAUUAAAGCCGCAACACUCUCGAAGUUCAAAAAGCUCUUCGAAAAGACUGGCGUUCUUUCACUUGGCAGCAAAUUGACUGAGUUGAGAAGUAAGAUGAUGAAAAAGCUUCAACUAUCGAAUGAAAAGAAAGCAGAAAUUGAUCGCAAGCUCAAGGAAAUUGAGGAGAGACGAGAUGAUACCGUUGAAGACUUGAAAGACACGAUAUUUGAAAUCAAUUCAGGAAAGAACGUCGGCAAAGUUCUUUUCCAGAGUGAUAUCCUACUGACGAAGAGGCAACAAGAAGAAGUAAUGGAAGCCGUCGAAGGAACGUCCGCUCGAUCUAAAAGACAAGCGUUCAAAGAUCAAGCAUAUCCUAACACCACAUGGCAACAAGGAGUCUUCUACCGCUUCGACGAUGGUGUAGACUUCAUUACAAAGCGAAUAUUCGAAAAGGGGGCGAAACAAUGGGAAGAAGCAACAUGCCUCAAUUUCACCGAAGAUAAGGACAAAAAAGGUUCACUCGUCGUUGAAGAAGCGUCGGUGGUGAGAUGA